GAGAUAAUGAGAUAAACGUAUUAACAAUGAUCGGUGCCCCGUCUUCUCAAGUUUGGUCGCUGCAAGCACAGUGGCUAUCCCUACUUGUGGCUGUAUCAUUUACCAUCCCCCCCGCUGUAUUCGGAUGCUACACGUCAAUCUUCAGCUUCGGCGAUUCCCUCACUGAUACUGGAAACUUGCAAUUCACUUCCUCGUCACAGCGUCCUGAUUGCUUGCGUCCUCCCUACGGAUCAACCUAUUUUCAUCGCCCCAACGGACGAUGCUCGGAUGGCCGCCUAAUCCUCGAUUUCAUUGCCGAAUCUCUGCAUCUUCCACUGGUUAAACCGUAUCUAGGUAUAAAAAACGGGGAUGUGAAGGAUUGGAAUACACAGCAUGGGGUUAAUUUUGCGGUUGCGGGAGCCACUGCGUUGGACGGCUUGUUCUUUGAAGAGAAGGGUUUUGAUGUCGAAGGAGCUGCCUACUAUUCUCUGAGGGUUCAGUUAGAUUGGUUCAAGGAAUUUCUGCCUUCUCUCUGCAAUUCCCCUUCAAGCUGCAAAGAGGUUCUUGGCAACGCCUUAUUUAUUGUGGGAGAGAUUGGAGGCAAUGAUUAUGGUUAUCCCUUAUCUCAACCAGGGAGCUUGGAGGAGCUUAAAACUUACGUACCACAAGUAGUCUCUGCAAUCACUUCAGCAACCAGGGAGUUGAUUAACGCAGGGGCUGUUACACUAAUGAUUCCUGGAAAUCUACCACUGGGAUGCAAUCCAGCCUAUUUAACUAGGUUUGCAGUUAAAGACGAGGACGAGUAUGACAAAGCCGGCUGCUUAAAAUGGCUAAACGCGUUUUUUGAAUACCACAAUAAGAUGCUUAAAACUGAGCUCAAUGAUCUUCAAGUGUUGUAUCCUCACACGAAAAUCAUCUAUGCCGAUUAUUUCAACGCUGCGCUUCAGUUUUACCGUUCUCCAGAACAAUUUGGAUUUGGCAAAAACAAUGUUCUGAAAGUUUGCUGUGGAGGUGGAGGUCCCUACAAUUACAAUGAAUCAGCACUGUGCAGCUACUCAGGAGUGGUAUCUAGUGAUGAUCCUUCAAAAUAUGUGAGCUGGGAUGGCUUGCAUUUGACUGAGGCUGCUUAUAGAUGGAUCACCAAGGGUUUAUUGGAUGGAACAUACACUAUUCCCGGGCUUAGUACUUCUUGUACUUCACAAUAUGUGACCUCCGGAGAAUUUAGAAACCACGCUGCGAAAUGAAGAUGGUGGGGUGCUAAAAUGAUGUAUUUUCAAUGUCAACCUAUUGGAUGCUGAUUCACAUGAUUGUUGCAGUUUGUCACCUAAAAAACAUUUUUAAGAAGUGUUUUUAUAUAUAUUGAGAUAAAUUCCUUUUACA